AUGAGCGAUUUAACAGAGCAGGCUCUGUGUGACCAUGAAGCAGACCGUCAAACUCGCGAGACCUAUCGUUAUUUCCAACCAGCAAAUCCAGCAGCGCUAAAUGCAACAUGGCCCCCUGGCGAACAUUUAACCACUACAGUUGGCCUAUCGACAGCUACGAAUUCUGCAAAUUCAGCUGAUUCUAUACCGGACGAUGAGAUCUCUGAGACGGCCUCGAUUGAUGCCAGCCCUCUGUACAGCCCGAAUACGACUUUAACAUCUCUUGCACAGCUGGCAGCUCUACGCCUGAAUGCACAACGUGCCUUUAUCACUAUCCUGAACCGCGACUCUCAGUUCGUAUUGGCGGAAGCUACAAAAACGACCAACGUGGGAAGCUCGACAUUGUUCGGUGAAAAAGGAGACAACCUCUUUGCUGGAACAUCCACAUUGACAAACACUUGGAAUAUUUGUCGGGAAACUGUCAAUAUACAGUCACACGAACAACAAGAUGGAACAUAUCCUUUCCUUAUCGUCAAUGACCUUGUACAGGAGGAUCGCUUCAGAGAGUUGCCUUUCGUACAAGGCGAGCCACGCUCCCGUUUCUAUGCCGGAACGCCCCUAACAAGCGAGAGCAACAUUAAUUUGGGAUGCUUGUUUAUAUUGGACCCUGAGCCCCGUGAGGGGCUGUCUGAUAUUGAGAAGGAUAUACUAGGGACAGUGGCAGCGAUGGUCAUGGACUUUUUACAGGUCAGCCGCCAGGCCGUUGAAGGGCGCCGUGCCUCCCGGUUAUCACAGGGUCUCCGUCUUUUCGUGGACGGCAAUUCCAGCUUCGCGGAUAAUGCUCCCCUUGCUCGCUCGUGCAGUUCAAACUACAAUCCGCCCUCGCAUACAUCGCCUUAUCGUAGGGCAAGCCGAUCUGCGAACUCUCAAAAUAGCGGUUCCAAUCUUCGCGCAGCACAAUCCGAGAACGAUGACGUACCCUUUCAAGACUGCGGCGCGCGAUCUUCAAGCCCAUUUUCUACCGAGGAGUUGGAGAUUGGCAUGUCAACUAGCCCGGCGCCAUCAUCGCGCAGCUCGCGCCAGGGCGACGUCGGUUCGAUGGUCUCGAGUAAUACAGAUUGGCUAUUUCAACGAGCUGCGAACCUCUUAUGGCAAAGCCUGGACCUGGAUGGUGCUGGGGGUGUGAUGCUCAUGGAGACCAGCGAUGAAUCGUCAGACAGCCCAGCCAGCAGCCAGUCUGAUCCCGCUGAUACCGAGACACCUGGGCCUGUUCUUGCGCUGUCCACCAGAGAGGAUCCUUUUUCGUAUCGGACGGGCUCUGAGGUAUCAUACCCAGCUGUCAAACUCGAAAAUGCCUUUCUCAAUCAAUUAUCUUCUCGCUAUCCCAAAGGUAGACUCUGGUCAUUCCAUCGUGACGGGAGUUUGUCCACCUCAGAUGAAGAGCAAUCUGUCGGUGCAAGUCGGAAAUAUAAUCAAACGUCCAGGGCCUUGGAAGCCAGUAAACUGAAAGCCUACUUUCCUGACGCGAGUCAGGUCAUGUUUGUUCCAUUAUGGAACGCCAAUACUUUGCAGUGGUUUGCAGGGUGUUUCUCGUGGACCCCUCAGUCGACGCGAAUUUUCAGUCGGGCUGUCGAUUUGAGCUCGAUGUUUGGCUUCGCUUCCUCCAUUAUGACUGAAUACAGCCGUAUUGAAUCAGUUGUCGCAGACCGCCAAAAAGGAGAUUUUAUAAGCAGCAUCUCUCACGAACUGCGCAGCCCAUUACAUGGCGUCCUAGCAGCCGCCGAGUUUUUGGGGAGUACCCAUUUGGACGAGUUCCAAGCGUCUCUCCUCGAGACGGUAAAUGCAUGUGGUCGGACUCUCUUGGAUACGAUGAACCAAGUUUUGGAUUUCAGCAAAAUAUUGUCGUUGGAGAGGCAGAAGAAGAGGUACAAACGCAAAAAAGAUCCAUGGAGACCAAAGACUCCAGACGAAGUCCCAGCGCGGCUGGAUCCACUAGUGUCAACAAACGUUGCCAUUUUGACAGAGGAUGUUGUGGAUAGCGUGUGUUUGGGGCAUUCUCAUAUCCAAAAGUCAACCUUGCCAAUCAACCAUCUCAUUGGCGAAUCACCAACUCCUUCUUCCGCGCCAUCCAAACAGGUCAACAAAGUUGCUUUCAAUCAAGCUGUGGAGGUUAUUGUUGAUAUCAGUGACAAUGACUGGUAUUACAAUGUUCAGCCGGGUUCGCUAAGGCGCAUCAUCAUGAAUCUUCUUGGCAAUUCCCUGAAGUAUACCAGAAGUGGCCUGGUAUCUGUCUCAAUCCGGGCAACUGAGAAUUCAAAGGGUCGUUCCCGACGCCAGGGCCUUGAGGAUAUGGUUACGUUGACGGUUUCAGACACGGGUAAGGGCAUCUCAGACGAGUACCUUCGGACACGUCUAUACACCCCAUUUGCACAAGAGGACACACUAUCGGUAGGUACUGGCCUCGGUCUGUCAAUCGUUCGAGGCAUUGUGAGAACACUCCAUGGAAAUAUCAGAAUCAAAAGCCGAGUAGGUGAAGGCACUACUGUCAAGGUGACAAUUCCUCUCGAGCGUCCAGUGGGAGAGAAGAAGAACCUGUCGUCAAUGCCUCACGUCAAGGACUCGCAACAGGAGACACUUACAGCACCCUUUCAACUGUGUCAGCUGGACUUGACCGGAAAACGUGCCGCCAUAUGGGGGGUAGAUCCUUCUUGUCUUGGUGAAUAUCAAUUCUGGUCUUCAAUUGCUCAGUAUAUAACGGACUGGUAUGGCCUGAAGCUGGUUCCUUGGUCUACCAAGGAUCAUAUUGAUGUGAUUCUUGCGAACGAAAGCGAUUUGUCUGCAGAAGAAUUCCAGAGUUUGAAUACCGCAUUGCCAAGCAUGCUUAUUUUCCGCGACGGCACAGGCAGCUCUAAUGAUACUAGGGCGCAAUGGUCUCACAUUGCUGAUUCUCUGGUGAUUCUUCGUCUUCCCUGUGGCCCACAGAAGCUCGCCAGAGGUAUCUUGAGUUGCCUUAAUCCAAAGUCGGCAUCUCCUGUGCCGCGUUCACACCCUUCCGAGCAAGAAUUCGUGAUCCCGAAGCGACACAGGCCCUCAGGUCAGACUCCAUCAACUGGCAGUUCUAAAUCACAGUCGUCUGAAAAUCUAGAACCACCUGUAACUGGAUCAUCCAAUUUUAUGACAGCGUCGCGCAGCUGCGUCAUGGAUCCCGCGAAACGUAAUGUUUCUGGCCAGUCUCCAGAUACAGUCAGCUCUUCUCGUCUCACAGCUGGAAGCGGCGCUUCCAGCUCUCACACCUAUUCCUCCUCUUCCUCGCCUAGUGGAUCAACUCCCAUUGAUUCCUCGUCUGGAGCCAAAAGCAAACCUCGAGUAUUGCUGGUCGAUGACAACGAUAUCAACCUCCGACUAAUAAGGACUUUCAUGAGAAAGUGGAAUGUCACGGCUGUAGACACAGCACAAAAUGGCAGAGAAGCCGUCGACUUGGCUGAAAUGACGCUGCCAGGAUACGACCUUAUUUUCAUGGACAUGUCCAUGCCCGUAAUGAACGGGUUUGAAGCGACUCGUACUAUACGUGCGAUUGAAAGAGAUCGGGGCGGCAGCGUUCGGGCCAAGAUCAUCGCGUUUACCGGACUCAGCAGCUUGCGUGAUGAGUCUCAAGCAUUGGAGUCAGGAGUAGACGUAUUCCUUACGAAGCCUGUUUCGUUUAAGGCAGUAUCGCGGCUGAUUGAAGAUUGGGAAAUCGGACUGUCAAAAUAA